AGAGACGGCAUCAGCUGCGCUUUGCUAACAGCAAAAGGGACGAAAAACGGGAAUAAAGAACAAGUUUUAAACGAGUGACAGAGGAGCGCUCCUCAUCGCUUCACCUGCUGGGUCUCACUGACUCUCUACCGGAUUUACGAGAUUGUUAAAUUCAGUUGUCUUAGCUAAUUAGCUAGCGUUCGAGCUAACUAGCUACCGUUAGCCGCUCGCGAUGUCCGAGCAAAGAGGAAACGAGGAGACAAACCUUCAACCAGGCGCAGGCGCGCCGCCAGAGGACGACAGAGAGCCGGGGGGGGAUGGACACGAGGAGCAGGCCGGCAGGUCCACCACAGGUGAGCCUCAGGCUGAUCACCAGGUGAGAGAGCCUCCUGGAGGAGAAGGUGCGGGGAGCUCCGCGGUAACAGAUGUUCCGGAGGAAGAAGCUGAAGCUCGAUCUGCUCUUCAGGAUGAAGCAGAGCCUCGCGGAGGAGAAGAUGCGGGGAGCUCCACGGCUACAGUGAAGGUGGUGCUGGUGCCGGGGGGUCACGUGAUGACGGUGGCCUUCGCCAUCGGCCUCCGCGUCCAGGAGCUGAAGCUCCAGCUCGCCGCCGAGCUCCGGGUUCCAGCCGAGGUUCUGCAGAUCUCUCUGGACGGCAAGGUGGUGGAGGAGCAGUGGAGUCUGAUGGAGCUCGGUGUGCAGCCUCAGGGCUCCACCCGGAUGGAGAUGAGCUCCACCGACCCAACCGCCCACCCGCUCCGCCCGCUGUGCCCCCCGGAGCGGGACAACGUGCCGGACGUCAUCACCGUGCGAGUCCAAACAGACAAUGGUGUGUCCCGAGAGGUGGUGGUGGAGAUCGAGCGCCCCCCCCAGCAGAAAGCCUUCCUGGGUGGCUACAGGCACCGGCUGACGGAGGUAGAGUACCACCACGCUGCCGCCCAGACUCCACCCAAGAGGAGAUCCGACAGAGAGCUGGUGGUCUUCAGCCGCGACACACAGAUAGCGCACGUGAGGUCUCGUGCACUGCAGUGUCCAGUCGACGUCGCCACACAGAUGACCGCCAUCGGCUGCCACAUCUCCUGCAAAAGCGACAGGCUGGUCGCCGUACACGGCGCCUACAUCACUGCCGAGGAAUACCACGGCGCCCGGCUGAGAGCGGUGAUUCGUCUGCAGGCGUUCGCUCGGCGCUGGCUGGCCUGGCAGCAAAUGGACCGGCUGCGGAAAGACCGAGACCAGCGGCUGGCCUGGCUGGAGCUGCAGGAGAGGAGGAGGAAGUGGGAGAAGGAAGAGCAGCUGAGGGACCACCGCCGCUGCCAGACCAACCCACAGAGGAGGAAGGACUUCGAACUGCUGUACCACGCGCUAGAGAGGUGGAGGCGCGAAGAGGAGCAGCGGAUCAGCAUGACCCUGCAAGGGGUUGAGAGGAAGGUCGCCCUCUGCUCGCUGCUGGAGCAGGAGACAAAGCUCAUCUCCAGCAUUGAAGAGCAUCGCGCCGCAGCCCGGGAGGACGGCCGAGAGCAAGCAGUCAUUAGCCUGCUGGACAAGUCGGCAGCCCCUCAUCAGUGGCGAGCGGCAGACGGCCGGAUGGUGAGCAUUGAAAAUGAACACACCAUCAGAGCCAGAGAGCUGAGAGAUCUGUAUGAAGACAUCAGCCGCUCAUCUGUCAGCCGGGAACAGAGACUCCACGUCCUCCUGACCCUCAAACACACCAUGAAGGUGCGCGAGUGUCAGCUGACCCGGGACGUGGUGGGUUUGAUUGACAGGGAGGUGGACCUGAUGACUCGGGGGGUGAAGGCGGCCAGUCUGGAGGGGCUGAGGAAGAGGAUCUCCACUCUGUUCCUCCAGUACAUCAAAACGCCGGCGUUCAACCCUGAGGUGGCCAAGCUGCUGAAGAACGCCUCUCAGCUGAAGAACGGCACGUUCCUCUGUGGCGCCUGCUCUUGCUACCUGCUUUCCUCCGACUUCAGCCUGGCCGCCGGUGCCCGUCCAAGGGGCCGGUGCCGCAACUGUAUCAACCUCGACAACAUAGCAAGGUCCCGGAAGGUCUUCUUUUGCUAUGAGAAGAUACUGAGGAGGCUGAGAGCCGACGAGCAGCGACUCAACAGGGAGGCCAAGAUCCCCUUCCUGCUGCAGGUGGAGGACCUGCAGUACCUGGUCGAGGUGGUCUGGGAGUCCCGCUCAGCCCUCCAAGCCAGCAGUGACAUCUACGACCUGGUGUUGGUCCGCUGGGAGCGCCGGACGGACUGGAGCCCCUGGAACUGUAUCCUACUGUCCAAAGAUGCGGCUCCAGCUCACCUGGAGGUGGAAGACGUCCACAAGGCGUACGAGGCCACGUUCAUCCUCAGCAUCCAACACAAACACGUGCUGGCCCGGCGCCACUUCAGCCAGCUCUCUGUCAUGGCCGAGCACCUGGACCCUUGGCCGCCCGCCCCCCUGGGUUACCAGCUCGUCUCCAAGACCAGCACCGUGGUGAAAGGCCAACGCACCAGCCACAACUCGGCUCGUUAAGAAACGCGCUUAUUGUGUGGUUGUCCAAAAUAAAGGUCAUGAUGGUUUUGGCUUAUCCUA